ACAACAGACCCAUCCUCUGCAAACCUCCUCGCAGACAAGGGUAUCCCAUCAUGUCCACACGCACCACCGUUCCACAGCCCAAGGACAAGCAAUUCCCAGGGAACAGCAGUCUGGAAAAGGCCCUGGAAACCAUUGUGAAUGUCUACCACCAGUACAGCAUCCGUAGGGCUCAUCUGGACCUCCUCAACUUCAAUGAGUUCCAGACGCUGCUGAAGGAGCAGGCACCCAACUUCCUGAGCGUCUGCGGCAGGAACCGUCCUGACUACCUGAAGAUGCUCUUUGAGGAGACGGAUAUGAACAAGGACAAGGAAGUGUCGUUCAAGGAGUUCACCAUCGUGCUGGCCAAGGUGACCGACGACGCGCACCGCAUCAUCCAUCAAGAGGACAGAUGUAAGCCAGACAGCAACUGAGCCACCCCACACCAUGGAGCUGGGCCCCAGGGAAGGAUCCGGAGGGGUCUGCAUGUAGGAAUGGGGUUCUGGCUGAGUCCUGCCCACUUGGGUCACCCAUAAGAUAAUAAAGCAUUACCUGAA